UAUAAUUUGAAAAUGGAUGCUUAAAUUUAGGUUUCAUCAGACGACUUUGAAGUAAGCCAAGCUUAAAAGAAUAGCAAUCAUAUAGAAGAUUCAGAUAGUAUGUAUGAAUUUGCUGAAAAAAAAAAAGGUAUUUAAAUUAUUAUUAUAAAGGUCGUAAAGGAAGAGGUAAAAAAAAAGAAUAACAACCAAAUAUGAAGAAGGCAAUCAACAAAAAAGAUUAUGUUAAGAAUAAUAAGUAAUAACCACAAAGCAAAAACAUUGCAGGUAAGAGGGAGCAUACGAUUAAAAAUAAUAAUUUUGCUGUGUAAUUUGCCGAGGUUUUUGAUGAAGAGUUUUUACAAUAUGAGAAAGUAAAGAAUGGGACAAAUUAAAAUAUUCUAUAGGAAAACUUUGUCAACAAAGUUUAAGAGGAAAAUCAAUUCAAUCAAAUUGAAUCAGAGAAAAAUCAGUUUAAUUUUAUUUAAUAACCAGAAGAAGAGCAAAUACAAGCCAAUGAGGUUUAACAAAACUGGUUUCCCACUUACCUUGAUAAUAAAGGAAACUAUAAAUAUCUCAGGAGGGCUUUGUCAAGGGAAAAUCAACAUUAGCAGCUCUUCUUUAAACGAUUUUUAAAUUCCCUAUAAAUGACACAAGAGGAAUAUGAUAAUAUAAAGUAAUCAUUUCCAGAAAUACCUUCUGAGUACCUACCUUAGCUGAUUUUGGAAUAGAGUUCAAUCAAUAAAGUAUUUUAAAAAAGGCUACCUUAAUAACAAUAAUAGUAAUAAUAAAUCAAUUAAAAUUAAUAAUAAUAGUAGGAUUAGGGAAAUUAAUUAUUUCAGAACUAACAGUAGCUCUAAGGAAAUUAAUUAAAUUUUAUUGAAACUGAGUUUAAGCAUAACCCAAAUUUGUCAGAUGACAAUUUAGAGUGUGCUAUUUGUGCUUAAACAUACUUGGACGGAGAUAAGUUGGCAAUAUUACUUUGCAUCCACAGAUUCCAUUUAACUUGCUUUACUAGUUGGUUGAAAAGGUCUAAAUAGUGUCCUAUUUGUCAUCAUGGUUGA